CCAAGGUCUCAUCCCCAGGAAGGCACGCUCCGUCCAGCUGUACAAGUAACUUCAAGUCUUCAAGCCGCAGUGACAGUGACGCAACCCACCCCAGCAACACCUACCUCAACCAACAACCACCAACCUGAACAUCUGAUCCGUGCUCGGACGUCCUAUUCUCUCCCCUUUAGCUCUAGAGGUAGAUAUGAGUCUCUUCAGACCUGCUCACCACCGAAAUCUUCUCAGUCACACCUCCCGGUUGCUCCAAAAACCUCUUCAAAUCACAAUCAAACAUCCUUCCUACCUGAACAUGAGUUUCCGCGAUUACUCCAACAUCGAAACCCCUGCGUCGUGCUACGUAGACUUUUGCUUGAUUCCGGUUGGCACAGGCAACGUAUCCGUCGCCAAGGAGGUGGCUGAGGUGCAGAGGGUGUUGGCAGCCAGCGGGUUAAAGUCCACAAUGCACUCGGCUGGUACUACUGUUGAAGGAUCCUGGGAUGAGGUAAUGAAAGUCAUCGGCCAAGUCCACGCGGUUGUUCACCAGGGAGGCGUGAAGCGGGUACAAACGUCUAUGCGGGUUGGGACUCGAAUCGACAAGAAACAGACGGCUGAAGACAAGGUGAAGAGAGUGCAAGCAAUCUUGUCUGAGGAUCAAACGGGGGAGUCGUCUGCUUAGUUACCUCUACAUUGAUUUACAUUCUCAUCUCAGCUCCAAGUCAUGCUAUGACUCUAAUCGCUUGCCCAUCCGUUUCUCUAUGUUCGGAGCCUAUGCAUGCAAUCACCGUCAGAGAACGCUGAUACUAACCAAGCUCUUUCCUACCAACCGAUGCAGAACAGCGGAUUCGC